GGUGACGGUGAAUUUGGUGAAAUUAUUAUUGUGUAUGUUUUCUUCUUGUUCUUCCUUGUAGACUGCUCGACUGCUGCACAUUUCCUGUUUAAUCGGUCAAUUUCUCUUGAGGUUAUCUUGACUUUAGAAAGGAAAACAUGGCCAAGUCAAAGAACCACACCAAUCAUAACCAGAAUCGCAAAGCCCACCGCAAUGGUAUCAAGAAACCAAAACGCUUCAGGCAUGAGUCUACACAGGGUGUCGACCCUAAGUUCCUGAGAAACCUCAGGUUUGCCAAGAAGAACAACCUGAAACCAGCUGCUCAGAUCAAGCGGUUCGAAGAACGCAAGGCAGCCCGCGAACAGAGAAUGGCACAGCGAAAGACCGCUAAGAAAUAGAUUUUAUUUUAAUAAAAUAACUUUUAAAAUA